AUGAAAACCAGCAAUGGAAACUUCCCAUCGCGUAGCGCUGGCUACUCAAGACUUGCCGUUCCCUCCCCCAUCCCAGGCCUGCACCGCAGAUGGGUGCGCCGGGUUCCACUCGCCUUUGCCCAGGGCGCCCGCGCCUUGCCCAGUCCGCAGGCUGGAGGCGGAGUUUUCACAACUCCGCCCAUUAGGCUCCCCAACUCCAGCUCGUGCCCGGGCCCCGGCUCCGCUCACUGUCCACCCAGUUUACAGAGCAGACCGGAUGGAGAGGGCUCAAACACCGCACCUACCUGGGACUGCGGCAGCGUUGUUCCCGCGGCCCCUCGUGCCUUCAUAGGGCUCCAAGCAGCUGAAGGCUGGCGCUGGACCCGGCUCGGGCUCCGAGCCCGCCCGCCGCACCCGCCCACCUGCUCCGCCCUAGCGCUGCGCCAGCCGCCGGCAGAGCGGCUCCUCCGCAGCCUGCACAGGCACCGCUGGCGAACCAGCACCAGGCGGCCAGGGGCGGGGGCAGGGCGUCUGGAGUCUUUUAAAGCCAUUAACAUCACCAACAAUGAGAGAAUGGUUGUGAGAAUCCUCAAGCCAGUGAAGAAAAAGAAGAUAAAAUGAGAGGUUAAGAUUCUGGAGAACCUUCGUGGUGGAACAAAUAUCAGUAAGCUGUUUGACACUGUAAAGGACCCUGGGUCAAAGACCCCAGCUUUGGGAUUUGAAUAUAUCAAUAACACAGAUUUUAAGCAACUCUACCAGAUCCUGACAGACUUUGAUAUCCGGUUUUAUAUGUAUGAACUACUUAAAGCUCUGGAUUACAGCCACAGCAAGGGGAUCAUGCACAGGGAUGUGAAGCUUCACAAUGUCAUCCUAGAUCACCAGCAGAAAAGGUUGCGACUGAUAGAUUGGGGUCUGGCUGAGUUCUACCAUCCUGGGCAGGAAUGCGAUGUCCGGGUGGCCUGGAGGUACUUCAAGGGGCCUGAGCUCUUUGUGGGCUAUCAGAUGUAUGACAAUCGCUUGGAUAUGUGGAGUUUGGGCUGUAUGUUAGCAAGCGUGCUCUUCCGAAAGGAGCCCUUCUUCCAUGGACAGGACAACUAUGACCAGCUUGUCCGCGUUGCCAAGGUUCUGGGUACAGAUGUUCUGGGACCAGAAAAGACCAAUAGUUUAACCUUAGGUGGCUGUUGA